AUGCUCGCGGUCUCGCUUGUCAACGCCGUCGAUUACGCGGUUGUGGACAACACCGGCGACUCCGCGGGCGGAAGAAGAUUCCGGGGAGAAGUCGGCGGAGCUAGCUACGCCACACAGACACUGGGAGCUGCGACGGACUUCACGUGGCGUUUGUUCCAGCAAACCAACAACCCUUCGGACAGACGAUCCGUUACAAAGAUCACAUUGUUCAUGGAGAACACUAACGGUGUGGCGUACAACUCGAACUCGGGAAGUGAGAUACACUUCAACGUGGGGCAUCUCGCUAGUAUCUCAGUAGAUGUAAAGAGAGAAUUUACCGGCGUUGUUUAUCACGAGGUGGUCCAUUCUUGGCAGUGGAACGGUGCGGGCCGGGCUCCAGGCGGGCUUGUCGAAGGUAUAGCGGACUACGUGAGGUUGAAAGCGGGUUAUGCACCGGGUCAUUGGGUAGGACCCGGUCGUGGUGAUAGGUGGGAUCAGGGUUAUGACGUUACUGCGAGGUUCUUGGAUUACUGUAACGAUUUAAGGAAUGGGUUCGUUGCGGAGCUGAACAAGAAGAUGAGAAGUGGAUAUAGUGAUGGUUUCUUCGUUGAUUUGCUUGGGAAAGAUGUGAAUCAGCUAUGGAGAGAGUACAAGGCUAAAUAUGGUCAAUAA